ACAGGGAGACCGGCUGGAGUGCUGCUGCGCCUGCACCAGCGCCACACCCGCAACUGCCGCCUCAAGACCCUUCCGACGCAUUUGGUACUACUCGCAACUUGGAGCAGACAUUAAUACUUUUGCUUUUUCCACCCAACUCAAGCGGACGUCGACUCACGAUUCACGCCUCUUAACAGACUUCUUCUUGCAGCAGACAAAACCACAAAAUGGCCACGGGCAUGCGAACGAAGCGAGUGGCCAAGGAGCGCCAGAAGAUAGAAAAGUUCGGGCUGCCGCCUGGCAUCGAGCUCGUGGAGGCCAGCGACCUCAAAGAGUGGCUUUUCGACAUCCGCGUCCUGGAUAGCAACCCCAUCUACGACGGCAACAUCUUCCGCCUGAAAUUCGUCUUUUCCGACACUUAUCCCAUAGAACCCCCCGAAGUCACCUUUGUAGACAGACCGAGCCGCCCUAUCCCCAUCCACCCGCACAUCUACUCGAACGGAAUAAUAUGUCUCGACCUGCUGGGGAACCAAGGCUGGAGCCCCGUCCAGAGCGCCGAGAGCGUCUGCAUGAGCAUACAGAGCAUGCUGACGAGCAACACCAAGAACGAGCGACCGCCCGGCGACGAAGAGUUUGUGCGGGGGAACAAGCAGCGACCCCGAGACAUUGAGUUUCUCUAUCACGAUAAUACUGUGUAGUACCACUCCUCAGCCAUGGAUAACGCGGCUCUCUCGGGAUGUUUUUGGCUUUCUUCUUGGAGGACUCUUGCAUUGAUUUAGCGGCCGCGAAGGCUCAUCUGGCGUUUUCACUGUUUCUGCGUCUAUAUCUUGUCUUGACGCAAUCACUCACUGGGGCACGGGACCUUGCAUCUGGUACGGCUGAUCACAGGGUCAUAUCCUGCUGAUCGAGGGCAUUUAGGCGCAUGCACAGCGGCGCAACUUGGGGGCAGAGGCUGGCGAGGGGAAG